AUGCCAAAACGCAAGAACAAACUCAAUCGAACCGAUCGCUUAAGACGGGAUACUGCACAUAUCGAACCACAUAAGGGCUUGGAAAUUGUAGAAGGAUCUUUCCAAGUCAUAACGAUCAACAAAGAUUGGCAAGUGCAUACUCAGCGCAGAGGUAAUAAGGCCUUCUUAGCACGACUCCCCGAAUAUCUACAAUAUACCAGGAGAAUCCGUAUCGAGAUUUUAUGCCGGGAUCCAGGAGACAGACGAGCGCACGAAGAUACCGCUCGGAAGACCGAAUUAUUGACCAAUAUAAGGGACUUGUUGAAUAAAUCCAACGAUAUCGAUAGUGUAGAGGUAAUCUUUUACAUAAAGAGGGAGGAAAACUCCGACCCAUACAUUCCUCAGCUUCAGGCUGUUAUUCCUCCCCACACCCCGAACUUCACGGAAUGGACGCUACAGUGCCAUUGGAGAAGGGGACCAAAGAUCAUCAAAGUGAAGCGCGAUUCUGAACUGGAAAGAAAGAUUACCACCCAUCCAUGGUUAAAUUUGCGACACGGUAGCCUUUUGAUCAUCAAAAUCGACCACACCAAGAAGCACAGACUACGCAAGAACAUCAAGUAUGUGGAUGAGCGCGAGGAAUUGCAGGAAUCAUUCUUCAAAAUUCUACCUCUCUUCUUGAACCAAGCAGCUGAAAUUCGUAUUGAAGUCACACCAUUGAAGCCCCAAUACUUGUUGGUACGUAUGUUUCAAAACGACAAGAAGAUGAUUGAAAGAAUGGUUCUACUUGUCAAUGAAUAUUGGAAAGUCGAGAGGAUCAAGGUUGUCUUUCGGGUUGAUGAACGUAAAACCAACUAUUCAAAUUUUGCAAGUUGUUUUGCUGACUUAAAGCCGGCUUGGAAACUUUUGGUCGUUAUUGAUAAGGAAAAUCGAAGGGGGAUACCACUAGGCUCGCUCGUUUCGCGCAGAAUUCGGUAA